AUGACAAACACAAGCGACCCUGCCAACACCUGGCGCAUCUUCCAAGAUGAAUUCAGGGACAUACUGGGACCAGAGCCUUCAAUCCAAAUGCUCCUUCAAAUCAACGAGUUCCCCUUUGCCCAUGAGGCUGGCGUCUUCCUGCCCGAUACGAAUGAACUCUUUGUCACGAGCAACCAGUUCAAGGGUCAUGCCGGCGAGAAGACAGUCCAGGUCUCCAAGAUUUCCCUAGACACUGACGGCGGCCCGGUCAACUUGGAAAAGAUUAAGUGCGACCUCAUUCACAUGGCAAACGGCGGUGUCAAUUAUGAAGAUGGGAUUCUCAUAUGCGCCCAAGGCUCUGCGACACAUCCCAGUGGCCUCUUCAAGAUGCAGACCACUUACCCCUAUGAAGCAGAGCCUGUCAUCACAAGUUACAUGGGGAGGCCUUUCAAUGCUGUCAAUGACGUUGUCGUACAUCGUGACGGAAGUAUCUGGUUUACAGACCCGCCAUACGGCCAUGACCAGGGCUAUAGACCUAUGCCCAGCCUCCCCAAUGUUGUAUAUCGCUAUGAUCCUGCUACUGAGAAUAUCAGGGCUGUAGCUGAUGGGCUAGGAAGACCUAAUGGCAUAUGCUUCUCGCCUGACUAUUCAACCAUAUACAUCACUGAUACGGACCAGGUGCGUGGCCAGUCGGUCGAUUAUGCUAGGGCAGCUUCCAUGUGA